AUGAAAGCGAGUGCCAAGAACUACCUCAAGGGCUAUUUGACGAAGUUCUACGGCCUUAAGCCCCAGACUGGACGGCAGAGGCGGACAGAAGUUUCUGAUACGUUCACAGCCAAGGUGGGAGAAAUGCAGCACUUCUUUGGCUUGCCAGAGAAUGGUGAGCUCACCCCGGAAACAAUAGCAGCCAUGAGAAGGCCCCGUUGUGGUCUCUCUGAUGCUGAGUCAUUUGGAGAGACCAUGAGAUGGAAGAAGAGGAACCUGACGUACAGGAUAACUAGGUACAGUAAUAAGAUGAAAGCCUCCCAUGUCAGAAGAGCCUUCAGGGAAGCGUGGAAACUCUGGGCGCAAGUGGCACCUAUCAAAUUUCGGCACAGGUCCAAGAGGGAGGUCGACAUUUUCAUCUCCUUCAAUAAUAGGGACCACGGGGAUGGUUCCCCGUUUGAUGGAGAAGGGGGUAUUCUGGCACAUGCGUUCCUCCCCGGGCCUGACAUUGGUGGCGACGUGCACUUUGAUGCUGAGGAAGAAUGGACAGCUAACACCACAGGAUUUAACUUAUUUGCUGUAGCAGCACAUGAGUUUGGACAUGCCCUUGGCCUUGCACACUCCUCCGAUCCUGGAGCAGUUAUGUUUCCAGCCUAUAAUUUUGUCACAGAGGCUGAAUUUCAACUAUCUUUCCAAGAUGUUCAAGACAUCCAAGAAAUGUAUGGUAUAGCUCCGCUAAAGACGCCAGGCAAGUGUGAUCCUGACCUAUCGUUUGACGCUGUAACACGGAUGCAACGAGAGAUUGUCUUCUUUAAAGACAGAUUCAUGUGGCGAGUCCAUCCCAAUUUCGAUGAAAUAAAGACAACCCUGAUAACAAGUCUGUGGACUGAUGUUCCGUCAUUUAUUGAUGCAGCUUAUGAGAACAUAGCGAUGCACACCUUGUUGUUUUUCAAAGAUGUACAGUACUGGGAAAUGAAAGGUUUGGAGCUGAUGAAUGGUCGGCCAAAGAACAUCUCCGACUUUGGCUUCCCAUCCAGGGUGCGAAAAGUAGAUGCUGCUGUUCACUUCCCUGAGACAGAGGUCACAGUUUUCUUCACUGGAACGGAGUAUUGGAGAUUUGACGAGAAGAAGAGACAAAUGAUGGAGGGCUAUCCAAAGCUGAUCAGGGAUCAGUGGUCUGGUGUUCCCUCACCUGUUGAUGCUGCACUGAUUGAGAAUGGAUUAAUCUACUUCUUUGUGGGCAAUCUCCAGUUUGAGUACGAUCCAAAGACAGAAGGGAUCACAAACACAUUCUCUGCUAACACAUGGCUUCGCUGCUGAUAGAGGACAUGAGCUGCAGAGCCCGUACGGAGAUGUUUAAAAAGGAGAAAUCUUUCAUGUCUGAAAGCAUUUCAUCAUCGGAGCGUAAAGUGGGCUCACAGACACAUGGUUGCAUCAUACAGUAUGUCUACACAGUCCAGCUGUAAACCAGUUUUGUUCAGCGCUGAUGACAUCGAGGAAAUGUGCUCAUGUCUUUCACUCAAAAUACAUUGCAUUGUUUACUGUGGAGCGCAACACCAGCUCAAGCAACCCUGUU